CACGAACUUGGUUGAGAAAUUAUUAAAUUAUGGGUCACAUGGAUAGCAACAAAGACAACCUUCUAUUAGGCAUUGGAGACUUCAACCACUAUGCCUUGGAUUCAACAAGAUGUACUAGUUUUGUCAUCAUGGAAAUGUCAUCUUCUCUCAAUUUGUGCAUAGGGAAAGGAAAGCACAGCAAUCCCUAUGAAAUUUUGUUUGUUAGCUAUCAGAUUACUUUAGACGUUGAGAGCAAUAAAUUAGAGCAUUAGGCAUCACCUAUCGAUACCAUACUAAAAAUGCAAGCUUCAGCUCUAAUUUUCGGUAAUGCUCUGGUGACUCUUCUAGUUUUAAGUUGUUGCACUUCAGUUCAUUCGGAUGAUGCAGUGCAUGUAAGCAUCAAGAACAGAUUGGGCAGUGGAAAGAACUUAACCUUGCAUUGCCAAUCAAAAGAUACCGAUCUCGGCCAGCAAAAUGUGGGCGAUGGGAGCGAAUUUGGAUGGGAUUUCACCGUCAACGUAUGGGGUAGUACGCUGUUUUACUGUGAUAUUGGGUGGGAUGAGGUGCAGCAAUAUCAUUUUGACUCGUAUUCCUUUCAGAGGGACUUUGCUCGAUGCCAGAGUCAAUGUUCUUGGCUGGUUUCGGGCGAAGGCAUCUACGGACUGAAUGGACAAACAGGGUUCUGGGAAUUUGCAUACAACUGGUCAUCUUGAAUGCUUUGAUCAAUUCUCAAAUAAUGCAUGUUGCUUUUCAAAUACCAACCUCUUGUCU